AUGAUCACCCCUCGCAGACAUCAGAUCGAGCUGCAGCAGCAGUCUGUUGUGACCUCCAGCUCAGAUGUGAUCCUCAACGACAAACGUCAAGCCGCACUCACUGACCAGCGUUACUGGAUCCGAACUGUUGGUCAGUCGAUAGUGCACCUCCUUCGGUCUAACUCAUACAAAACGCAGCAAGUCGAACACUUCCAGCACUUGUUUACAUCGAUUGUUUCCCAUGCACUCGGUGAGCGCUUCGAUCGACAAACACAGAAAGGCAGCUCGAAAUGGAGCUCCUUGAUGUGCGACGACGGCUCCCCUGUCGAGAUUGGUCUCGCAUACAAGGGCAACAACACCUCACAGCACGCCCAGGUACGAUUUGCCAUCGAGCCGGUGGAUGAUGGUGAGGUACGAACGCACGGAACAAAUCUUCAAGCAGCACACACCCUGGUCGACCAGCUUGCACAAACCGGUCACGUCUCCUCGAGCGGCAAGCACCUCUUCCGACGUGUUGAUCAGGCAGUAUCGGAUUGCUUGGAUAGCAUCGACGGCUCUGCCAAGACGAGAACACGACACAUGAUUGGCUUCGAUCUGCUUCGACCCGAGGACGCUUCCGAGCCACUCGUCCGAGUCAAAGCAUACUUUGUGCUGCCCGGGCUUUGCUACUCUCAGACCGCAAACGAGGCUGGCAAUCCCACAAAGCAGCUGGAAAGCAUUCUGGAACCCGUCAAGGAUGUAGCACCAGCGCCUGGCCUGAAACAACUCAAGGCAUACUUAGAGACGCUUCCGCCCUGCAAGCGUGGCCGAGCUAUCAUUCUGUCCGUCGACCUGGAUGCCAGCAGCGAUACCACACCGACAACUCGCGUCAAGGUAUACUGGCGGUUCCCAGAUGCAUCUUCCAAGUCGGUUCGUUCGCACAUGGACCUUGGCGGCAGAUGGGGCCAGCACGUCAACGUCGGUCUAACGGCUCACCAGGCUUGGUCGAGGCUCAUGGCUCCCAUGUCGACGGUUCACUCUUCCUCGUAUGCGGACAGCAACAAGGUCGAUCCAUACUCGUCGACUGGUGGUUCUUUGUUCUACUUCGACCUCAGCUGGUGCUCUUUCGCCAACAGGUUCAAGUUUGGGAAACCUGCACCUUCGAAAGCCUACGUGCCAGUAAGGCACCUCCUUGCGCCUUGCGCAGGCUCAGGCGAGCUAACAGAUAGCCCGGGAGAGCUCGAAAUCACUCGUCGCUGCGCAGAGAUGCUCGACUCGACCGGACGCGCCAGUGCGGCCAAGGCAUAUCUCGACUCGCUGCAGGCCUUCUGCCAUCCUUCAGCUAUCCAGGAUAACCUGUUUGAACCGUCUCCCGUGGCGGGUACACACACCUACGUCUGCGCAGAGGGAUCCUCAGAUAAGCCCGACGUGUGCAUCUAUCUCAAGCCGCUUCUUGGUUCACCUUAG